AGUCCGGCGGUAGGGUGGUCCAGCCCAGUGUUGCGGUUCAGCUCAGAAUGGUGGUGGGUUCAGCUCGGUGAUGGAGUACAUGACAUCCUGGACGAUGGUCCAGUACAGAAUGGGGGUCCAUCCGACUGGGGAGUGGUCCAGCCCAGUGCUGGGGUCCAGCUCAACUGGGGGAUGGUCCAGCCCAGAGCAGGGGAUCCAAGCUAGACUGGAGAAAUCAGCUAGCCCGAAGUAGGGGUCCCAGUCCAGGCUGGGCAUCCCUGUCCAGAAUUCCCAGGACAACCAGAUUUUGCGGGGCAGAGGGCCUGAGAUUGUUGUCUGAGGGGUCUGGUGCUGGGCCCCUGCCUCCUGCUGUGGCCUUGACUUUUUUGUGUGUGUGAGGAAGAUCAGCCCUGAGCUAACAUCCAUGCUAAUCCUUCUCUUUUUUGCUGAGGAAGACCGGCUCUGAGCUAACAUCUAUUGCCAAUCCUCCUCCUUUUUUUCCCCCCAAAGCCCCCGUAGAUAGUUGUAUGUCAUAGUUGCACAUCCUUCUAGUUGCUGUAUGUGGGACGCGGCCUCAGCAUGGCCGGAGAAGCGGUGCGUCGGUGCGCGCCCAGGACCUGAACCCCGGGCUGCCAGUAGCGGAGCGCGCGCACUUAACCGCUAAGCCACGGGGCCGGCCCAGUGGCCUUGGCUUUUUGAGGGGUUUCUGGGGUUCUCUCUGUGAGCCCAACUCGAAUCCUGACCAAGGUGGAGGCUGCCCCCCCCACCCCCCUGUGGGAGACAUGGGCGCAGGCUCCACAAGCAGCAGCCGACUGGGUUUCCCUUCCUUGUCACUUCCUGUUGUCAGCAGGGGCCACAGGUGCCAGGCACUCUGUGAGAAGCUGCCACUGACCCUCCACUUCUUUUGGGAUCUGGAAAGAAGGAGGAAGAUGGUCAAAGCUGCCUCCCCUCCCCCACCCCUGGGUUUAGCCUCGUUUCCGGUUUGGACUUCCAUGGCCGAGAGCAGAGCCAAGCACAGGGCAAGGUUGACAGAGGCCAAGGACAUCUCUGGAUACUGUUCCCCUCUCCACCCCCGCACGGGAGCAAGACAAAGCCAGAUGUGCCCAUUUCUCUCUCGGGGUAGCAGGAUUGGGGGGCUCCAGGUUCAGAGAGGACUCGGGGGAGGAGAUAGGUCGGCUCUUGCCCUCCGUGCCUUUCUCUCCAGCUGCUCUUUCAGCUAAUUAACGGAGCUCUGGGGCCUCCUUAGCCCCCAGGCAGCCCCUGGCUGCUGUCUGGGCCUGAGCCUUAACCCCUUCUCCUCUGCCCAGCGGGCACUGCCCUGGGCACGCAAGGCUUCCAGCACCCCUUGAGGAAGGCAGCGCCUGGCAUCCCCGGAGCAGUGAAGUCCGUGGAACGGGAAGUUAGCUUUAGCACCCCACCCCCAGGGCAGGUAGGCCAGCCAGGAGGGAUACCUUCAGAGAAUUCUUCCCACCACCUCCUGCCAAGGAGGGCCUCUGCAAACCUUGGCCAGCCAGGAGCAGGUACCUUUAAAGGCUUCCCUGGCAACCAGCUCCUCCUCCCCGUCCCCUGAGGCCCUCCCAGGAAGCCAGCUCAGAGGCUCUGCGUAUGCCUGGUUCCCCUGUAAAGGGAAGAUUCGAGGGAGAGCCCAGGGCGGCCUGGGAUGGAUCUGGGGUCAGGCAGUGACCGGGGUGGGGAGUCGGAGACCACCUUCCAGCUGUGGCUGCAGCUGCUCCUCUGGGCCCACCUGACUAUCCGUUUCCUGGGCUACCUGCGCCACGCCCUCUGGGCACCUAAGCCACAGCCAGCACCCUGAGCCUCCCUGGCCAGAGGCAGAUGGGCCCCAGAUCACCCGAUCCCACUCCAGCCCCCACUGUACCCUCUGCCGGAAGAGGCAGGCAGCAGAGGUGAGUAUGGGGGCUCCUGGCUGGGGUUCCCCCAUCAUCAUCCCCUUUAUCUGCCCACUCCUCCUGGCACUACCCUGCCCACCCCCGUGCCCCAUCCUCAAAUCUGGCAAGCCGAUGGCACAGAGAGGACGCAGCCUGGGCCCUUCUGCACUUUGAGAGGCCAGAGAAGGACUGUGCUAGGUCCAGGGCCUGCCGUGGAUCCUCUAGAGGCGCAGGCCCACCGCGUCAGGGAGAAGCAGGACGUGGCGGUUCUCAGGGACCCCCGAGAGCAAAAGGGGAGGCAGGCCUGGGCAUUCUGGGUUCCUCCCAAGCCCGCUCCUCUCUGCCUUGUUGGGUGGCUGAAGGUGGAGUCCGGGGGCACCCUCGCCCCUGCCUUCAUCCAGAGCUCAGUGUGGAUGUUUGGAGGCCCCAGGAAGGUGCUGUGCGUCAGCCCAGAUUCUGCCAGCGAAGGCACUGGAUGUGGUGCUGCUGCAGGCUCAGAGCGGCCUCAGGCCCUUGGUGGCCCAGCCAGGCACCAGCCUUGACGACCCCCUCUCUGCCCAGUCCCUCUCUGUAGGGCUUUCCUGGCCAACGGUCUCCUCCAUCUGCCGCUCUUGUACCCCUACAGGAGGCUCUGCUCCCCGAUCGCUCAGGGAGAGCCUUGGGGAUGAGAGGGGAGUGGUACCCACGAGGCCGUGUGGGAUUCCUGGCGCCGCGUACGGGUGGGACAGGCAGGUGACAGGCAAGACCAAAGUACAGUGUGCAGGACUCCUCAGGGUGGCACUGUCCCAGGGACAUCAGGGGUUGAGGACAGCUCUGUCUGUUGGCCACCCUGGUGCACUGCGACUGGUCGGGAGCGAAGCAGUUAAUCUCGUGGGCGGUGGAGUCCGCAAACCACCUCGGGCCUGGUCAGUCUUCUCAUCUGUACGCUGGGGGUGACAGCGGCCCCCGCCCAUCGGGGAGGAGGGAAGCCUAGAGAGCGUUGGGCACAGGCCAGGCACACAGGGAGGGUCCCUGAACAGCGGUGGGCCUGGCCGGGGGGGGUGGGUACGAGGACAGGGCUGUCAUGUAAGAAUCUGUCAGGCUGCACGUUGAAGGUCUGAGCACUCGGCACAUCUCUGUCUUUUAUCCCUCAAUUUAAAAAAGCACUUAAAAGCAGAAAUAAGAGCUGAUAUUUCUCUGGCGCUCACCCCCUGCCGCCCACUGCCCAGUCCCCUUUGCCAAACCUGACUAUUCAGUGCUCACCAGCACCUGCCCGGUCCUUACUGUUAUCGUCCCCAUUUGACAGAUGGGAAGACUGAGGCCCAGAGAGGCAAAAUCAGUCGCCUAAGGUCGCACGGCUCGUCAGGGACCAGGCUGGGUCUGAACCUGGUCACAUCCCAGAGCGCUGGCCCUGGACUGCGCUGCUGGGCUGCCUCUCGGCCUUGGCAAAAAUGCCUGUUUUCGAGCCUCCAUUUCCUAGGGUGUGAAAUGGGGAGAAUGGGUAAAAGGAAAGUUGGUGAGCUAACCAAAUGCGAUACUGGAGACAGAGCCGCGGGCCCCGGGCCGCCGGGAAGUGCUCAGUGCUAGCGGGAUGGUGAUGUUCGCAUUUGGGUGCUGAGGGGCCCGUGGGGGCGGGCAUUGGGUGAGGCUUUCCUUGAACCAGCUCUGGAGCAGGGCCCCUCCAUUGGCAGAGGCGGGAACGGGGGCAGCUGGGGGCCAAGGUGACAGCUGAGCCCCCCAUGGGCGCCUGCUACCCAAGCCCCAGAGGCCUCCACCCCGGGCGGCCUCCCCCGAGAAGGGGCCGGAAGAGCAGCCAAGUCCGAGACUAUAAAUAUCUCGGCUGGCGUCGUCCCUGGUCCUGGAAUGUUGGUCAGAACUGGGGCGAGGGGGUGUGGCCUGGCCUGGGCACCACUCUCUGGCCCCCUGAGAGUGACCCCCGAGUCGCCCUGCACCCCAUUUUGGACGGAGUUGAGGCUGGAUCCCAUCUCUCGGUAGUAAAGGCAGCCCAGGCCUCAGCCCAGAGCAGAGCCCCCCAGGCUGCCCUCAGGCUCAGCCAGGGUACCUCAAGGCCCCAGGAAAAGGUUGGUCUCUGGGGUGAGACAACUGUACCCCACUUUCCACAGAUGGGUAUCGCCCCAGGAGCAGCCUGGGCCCGCCCUGACCAGAUGGGUCUCCAUCUAACUCUC